UCUGUCUGUCUGUCUAGUAGGCUGGCUUUCCCCCUCUUUCCCACGGAGCCCGAGCCGGGCGCCGGGUGGGGAGUGGGGAGUGGGUGGGGGGAGCCAGCAGAGUUCCAUUUUGGAACGCCCGUGCCUCGUCUCCGCGCUCCCAGCCCGGGUCCCCGCGUUCCCAGCCCCGGCACAGGUCUCACCACACUGGCUGCUCUUGGAGCCCAGCUGGAAGGAGGUCCCCAGGAUGUAAGCCUCACGAGAUGCUAUGACGCUACCCGGUGUCCACGGUGAUUGGUGCAGUGACACUUUUCUGUGCUGAGAUCAUUCUGAAAACUCCAAGAGGAGACUACAGCAUUCAAGGAAGCCAAAGCCAUUUGAGGGAGAAUAAAGCCAAAAGCCUUUUCUCUGAUUUAUUCCAAGAAUUUCACUGCCCUCUCUCUCCCUACCCCCUCCAAAAAUUAGCUACUACACACAGGCGGCAUGGCAAGCAAACGAAAAUCCACAACCCCGUGCAUGGUUCGGACAUCACAAGUGGUGGAACAAGAUGUGCCCGAGGAGGCAGACCGGGCCAAAGAGAAAGGAAUGGGCGUGCCACAGUCCGACACGGCCAAGGACAGCUGGGCAGCAGAACCCGAAAACGCUUCCAAAGAAAACGAAGUCAUCGAGGUGAAAUCGAUGGGGGAGAACCAGUCCAAAAAACUCCAAGGCGGUUAUGAGUGCAAAUACUGCCCCUACUCCACCCAAAACCUGAACGAGUUCACGGAGCACGUGGACAUACAGCACCCCAACGUGAUCCUCAACCCCCUCUACGUGUGUGCCGAAUGUAACUUCACAACCAAAAAGUACGACUCCUUGUCUGACCACAACUCCAAGUUCCAUCCUGGGGAGACCAACUUCAAGCUGAAGUUGAUCAAGCGCAACAGUCAAACCAUCUUGGAGCAGUCCAUCGAAGCCACCAACCACGUGGUGUCCAUCACCACCAGUGGCCCUGGAAGUGGUGACAAUGAUCCUGGGAUCUCAGUGAGCAAAACCCCCAUCAUGAAGACAGGAAAACCGAAAGCAGAUGCCAAGAAGGCACCCAAGAAGCCAGAGGAGGCCACCCACGAGCACCAUACGGAGGGGACAGCCCGACUGGUGACAGACACUGCUGAGAUCCUCUCUAGGCUAGGAGGUGUGGAGCUCCUCCAAGACACCUUAGGACACGUCAUGCCUUCUGUACAGCUGCCACCAAAUAUCAACCUUGUCCCCAAGGUCCCCGUCCCACUGAAUACUACCAAAUACAACUCUGCCCUGGACACAAAUGCCACCAUGAUCAACUCCUUCAACAAGUUCCCUUACCCAACGCAGGCUGAGUUGUCCUGGCUGACAGCUGCCUCCAAGCACCCAGAGGAGCACAUCCGAAUCUGGUUUGCCACCCAGCGCUUAAAACAUGGCAUCAGCUGGUCCCCAGAGGAGGUGGAGGAGGCCCGGAAGAAGAUGUUUAAUGGCACCAUCCAGACAGUACCACCGACGAUCACUGUGCUGCCCGCCCAACUGGCCCCCACAAAGAUGUCACAGCCCAUCCUCCAGACAGCUCUGCCAUGCCAGAUCCUUGGCCAGACCAGCCUGGUGCUGACUCAGGUGACCAGCGGUUCAACAACCGUCUCUUGCUCCCCCAUCACACUGGCUGUGGCUGGAGUGGCCAACCAUGGCCAGAAGAGACCUUUGGUGACUUCCCAAGCUGCCCCUGAGCCCAAGCGUCCACACAUCACCCAGGUGCCAGAGCCUCCGCCCAAGGUGGCCAACCCCCCACCCACCCCAGCCAGCGACCGAAAGAAGACCAAGCUGCAGAUAGCACACCUCAAGGCAAGCUUCCUCCAGAGCCAGUUCCCCGAUGAUGCUGAGGUCUACCGGCUCAUCGAGGUCACCGGCCUCGCCAGAAGCGAGAUCAAGAAGUGGUUCAGUGACCACCGGUAUCGCUGUCAGAGGGGCAUCGUUCACAUCACCAGCGAAUCCCUUGCCAAAGACCAGCUGGCCAUCGCAGCCUCCCGACACAGUCGCACAUACCACCCGUACCCAGACUUUGCCCCCCAGAAGUUCAAAGAGAAAACACAAGGUCAGGUUAAAAUCCUGGAAGAUAGCUUUUUGAAAAGCUCUUUUCCUACCCAAGCAGAACUGGAUCGGCUAAGGGUGGAGACCAAGCUAAGCAGGAGAGAAAUCGAUUCCUGGUUCUCAGAGAGGCGGAAGCUUCGGGACAGCAUGGAACAGGCUGUCUUGGAUUCCAUGGGAUCUGGCAAGAAGGGCCCGGAUGUGGUGGCCCCCAACGGUGCUCUGUCUCGACUCGACCAGCUCACAGGUGCCCAGUUAGCCAGUUCUCUGCCCAGCCCUUCACCAGCAAUUCCACAGAAUCAAGAACAGGUUCAUCUCCUGAGGAGCACGUUUGCAAGAACCCAGUGGCCCACCCCCCCGGAGUACGACCAGUUAGCGGCCAAGACCGGCCUGGUCCGAACUGAGAUCGUGCGUUGGUUCAAGGAGAACAGAUGCUUGCUAAAAACUGGAACCCUGAAGUGGCUGGAGCAGUACCAGCAGCAGCCCAUCUCAGAUGACCACAGCUACGAUGCAGCAGCAAGGAAAGCAGCAAAACCAGCCACCGAGAGCCCCAAGAACGGAAGCGAGGUGGGGCAGCAAUGUCACAAGGACCCCAAAACACUCUGCGAAGAGGACUUGGAGAAGUUGGUCCCCAGAGUCAAAGCGGGCAAUGAGCAAGCAAAAGACUGUCCACCACCCAAGCCCUCAGAGGCCACCUCGGACAGGUCAGAGGGCAGCAGCCGAGACGGCCAGGGCAGCGACGAGAACGAGGAGUCAGGCGUUGUGGACUUCGUGGAGGUGACAGUCGGAGAGGAAGAUGCCACCUCAGACAGGUCAGACAGCUGGAGUCAGACCGCAGCAGAAGGCGCGACGGAACUGGCGGAGUCCGACUCUGACAGCGCCCCUGCCGAGGCUGGCCAGGCCUAGACAGGGAAGUGCAGCAGAACCUCUGUGCUGAUAAAGGGGACACUCUGUCUUUGAAGAAUGAAGAGAACUUCUGGGCCAUGGGCCACCUCGCCAGCGACUCCAAGUGGAACUGUUGAGCCCGCGUGUGCCUGGAGGGUGCAGGAACCCCAGCCACCAACGCACCUCCCAGAGAGCCAGUGGGAAUUGUUCAUAAUAGUGCCAAAGUCCUACACUGCGUUUUCAAUGGGUCCCUGUACAUAGUUUGCUCCACUGCCCUGGUCCCCGCCUCUUGCUAUACUGGAACUGAUUUGUACAAUGUGGGAACUUUGUUACCUUUUUAAUGGAGGGCCACUUCCUUUCCCAGCACUUCCAUUGUCAGACUUUUUCCAGGAAGGGGGGCUAACCACAUUACUUUUCCCUUUUCUCUUUUUCUGUUUUUAUUUUAUUAACUGGGGGAGGGAGUAUUAGUAUUAGUGCCAUUAUAUCUACUGGACUUUAGGUAGGGAGAAUUUCUCUUUAAAUGAUGGUAGUUUGAAAUUUGGAAGAUGUCUUGGUGGGAAGGACUGAGGUUGGGCCUCUGUCUCAGCCCCAAGUGGGCUUCAGACAUCAGAUCUUCCACAUCAAACCCCUUCCCAGUUCUUCCCAGCUGCCUUGCGGGUCCCCGCCUUAGCCACAUGCAGGCCUUUUGAACUGCUAAGAGGGGGGUCUGACUUCUCAACCCCUUGGCCUCUUCUGCAGCACUGGGAGACUGGGUAGCAGGUGGCUGUCCUCUUUAAGCACCUUUUUAAAUACCAGCAGAAAGGGCUCCCAUGAUUGUUAACAUCACCAUUACACUUACAAAAUUAAAACAAAAAUGAUCUUCCUCUCUAGAUGGUACACAGAUGAGAAGCUUUGGUUUUCAUUUCUCUUCUCAACUGCCUUUAUUGGUGUGGUGUUUGACAAGAUUUCAGCUUGAAGCCUCACCAUGAAUUGAUUUUUUGUUUGUUUGUUUUUGUGUGUGUGUGUGUGUAUUUGUUUUGGGUCAAUUUUAGAUACCUGAGUGCACUUUUUUUUUUUUAAGUUAGUCCUAACUUUUAAAGGAAAACCAAGAGACAUAUUUGGUGUAAAUGUUGCAAUAUGAAUUAUGUUUGCAAUCCCUUUUCUUUCCCACCCCUCCCCUUCGAGUACACUGCACAAAUAAAAUACUAGGGAGUUUGAAUCAAAACCAGUUUUUCUAACUUGUUGCUCAUUUGUUGGAACUCAAUAAAGCAAAGACUAAACAUUUUUAUAACCUU